GCUGAUUCCAAUCGACUUAUAGUAGCACUAACCUACAGUGUUCGGUCACUCACGCUUGAACCCUCGGCGCUACAGAGGUUGUCGCUGUGAGUCCUUGAUGUCGAGACGAACGAAUUGCAUGUGAGUAUAAUGUUAAGUUGCGUCAGUCACUCCGAGUCUCGAGAUCACGAUUACCACAAGGUUGUCCUCCGAAAGCGGCAGGUGAUUUCACAGCAUGCCAGCUUCACUAGACGACCCAGUCCCAUCCAUACUUAUAUUUGUAUCAGAUAAGAGCCUUCGUGCUUGUCCAGCGGAGAUACUUAAGCUCUCCAUCACAACAGACUUAUCAUGCCGUGGCUCCUUUCUGAAGACCUUAUCAGCUUCCUGUUGAACUUCGAUGAUGUCCUCCUUCACGGAAGAAAAGAAGGACGCUGAGGCGGACAGCGGACCCUCGGGACCUCCAAAGGCCGCAGAAGAUGUUUUUGGCGACGAGACAAACCAUGACAUCCGUUAUAAAACCUUGAGCUGGCAGUUCGUGAGCAUGCUUAUGAUUGCCGAGAUCGUCAGCAAUGGCAUGCUUUCUUUACCAAACGCUAUGGCUGCUGUUGGUAUUGUCCCUGCCCUUAUCCUCACGAUAUUCCUCGGCAUUUUUGGUCUCUUUACUGCAAAACUACUUAUCGAUUUUAAACUCAAUCACCCAGGCGUGCAUAGUAUGGGCGACGCCGGGUACACCCUCUUUGGUCCUAUCGGUAGAGAGUUACUCUCUGCAGGCACCAUUAUCUUUGCUAUAUGUGGCACUGGAUCUGAGCUACUAUCAGGACAACUAGCUUUAUCUUCUCUGUCAGACAACGGGUUGUGUGCCAUAUUGUUCCUGCUUAUCUUCUCCAUUGCCACCCUUCUUUUGGCUCUCCCACGGACUCUUGGGCGACUUAGUUGGCUCGGCGUGUUUAGUGUUGCCUCAAUCACAUUAUGUGGCAUCCUAGCGAUGGUUGGAGCGGGGACAAAUCCAGUUCCUGAUCGUGUAUUAAAUGCGACAGUACCAAACAAUUUUCCAAAUGCUUUCCUCGCUAUCACGAACCCGGUCUUCGCCUACGCCGGUCAUUUUAUGUUUUUCAUCUUGAUAUCUGAGAUGAGCCGCCCUGAAGACGCCAUGAAGGCUGCUUGGGUUCUUCAGGGGUUCUCCACGACGUUUUACGUAGUGUUCAGCAUUGUCAUUUACGUAUACAUUGGGAGCACAGUGGCUUCCCCCGCCCUCCUCUCGCUGCCACCAGUGUGGUCAAAAAUCACCUUCGGAAUCGGAUUAGUCAACUUCCUUGUUGCCGGCGGCAUAUAUUCACACACUGCCGCCAAAUUAGUAUUCGUUCGCCUCUUCCGACGCUCACAUCACGUCCACUCGCACACGUUCCUGGGAUGGUUUACGUGGAUAUUCCUUUGCUUCGCUGCAGUCGCCAUUGCAUUUAUAUUUGCCGCAGCCGUCCCCAUCUUCUCUGAUCUAAUUAGUAUUUCAGCAUCUUUAUUUGCGUCCUGGUACACCUACGGAUUGGCCGGCUUCUUCUGGCUUCACGACGCCUAUUACCUUGGCGGAGGUGAACGCGAACUAAAACGCAGAUGGUUCGGUACUACACUGGCUGUAUUGACUAUCGUUGCUGGCGCAUUUAUAUGUGUUGCUGGAACCUAUGUAUCAAUCAAGUUGAUCGUAGACGCGUAUAGAGAUGGUUUGGUCGGGAAACCAUUCACUUGUUAGAUAUUACGUAUAUUGUAUCAUCUUGCUAGCAUCCGAUCACAUGUAUUCUACCAUCACACGGCAAGCACGACCUAAUCUGCCACCUGGUCAAAUUGUGUGCAGAUGGUCAGGCGGAUUGCCAUUUCGCACGCCGAUCUGACCGCCCGGUAAAUACAAUAUAUAAUAUAGACUUUACCCUCAA